UAAAAUGUUGAAAGGAAGAUUUUUAGUAAGAAACAUUUCUUUACAGAUGAAAGGCCGUACGACCAAUAUAUCUAUAAGCAGAGGAGGGAAAACUUGCAAAUUCUGUUCAACAACUCAUCAAUAAUUCCGUUCAAAUGGAGCAGUAGGUAUCUGUGUUUCUAUUGCGGCCAGAAGUUCAAGGAAUAUCCAACACUCAGAAAUCAUACAAAGUCCCACGGUCCUUGUAGUACAAGCGAUUACGCAUUGAAAUUUAUUAGAGGACAUAACAUCGAAAUAAAGAUAGAUGUGUCUGAAAUUCAGUGCGAAAUAUGUAACGAACCUUUUAGUAGUUCUAAUGAAAUCAUAGAUCACUUAAUAGAUGAACAUGAGUUGAAGUACGAUAAAAGUAUUUGUAUACCAUUUGAAGAAUAUAGAUUAUCGGACUGCUGUUGUCAGUUAUGCGGUCAAGAGUUUUCCUAUUUUGGUUUUCUAAUCAGUCAUAUGAAUAUAGAACAUCCGCAGAACAGUUUUAUAUGUGACAAUUGUGGUGAAGUGUUCAAUAAGAUGAGAGAUUUGAAGAUGCAUAUUCGCUAUUAUCAUAGAGAAGGGGGUUAUCCUUGCGAUGAAUGUGCAGAAGUAUUUGAAACUUAUAUUCUUUUAAGGAAACAUAGAAAUAGGUUCCAUUUCCAAAGAUGUAAGAUGUGCGAUUUACAUUUCUCUUCGUACGCACUUCUGAGGAAGCAUAUCAAGUCCGGUCAUCCUGAUGACGGUUGCUACACGAAAUGCCCGCUUUGUUCCGAAAAAUGCUUAACCUCUCCAGAAUUAGAUGAACACAUUAGGAAAUGUAAACUAAAACGACAAAAUAAAAUUUUAAAGGCUACCAUCCCUGAUGAUAAUAUACUACAACCAAAUAAGAAGCAAAAUGUUUAUCAAAUUAGAAGGAAUAUCCAAUGUGUUUUAAACAUGUCUACAGCUGUACCUUUUAAGUUCUUCGUUAAAUUCUCAUGCUUCUACUGUUCAAAAUAUUUCGUAGAAUUUGACGAACUCAAAGAGCACGUUAGCGCCAAUCACCCCUUCUGUGAUAUAAAACAGAAAUAUAUGAGGGAUUGUAAAGGGGGAAGAAUAGCAGUGAAAAUUGACGUAUCUUCGUUAGCUUGUAAACUUUGCCUUCAACCUAUGGGAAAUGUAGAAUCCCUUAUCGACCAUCUCAUAUCGAAACAUGAGGCAGAUUACGAUAAAUCAAUGACUGUGUGUUUCGAACCCUUUAAGAUAAAAAAAGACAAAAUACCCUGUCCAACGUGUUCCAAAGUUUUCAGAUACUUUGGCACCCUUUUGCGGCACAUGAACUCUGAGCAUAGUACCAAUAACAUUAUAUGUGAUUUCUGUGGCCGAAGUUUUAAGAGUCUAGCUAAUUUAAAAGUUCAUGUAACACACGCACAUACUGGGUCGUGUGAGUGCGAAAUAUGUGGUACGAAGUAUAAAAAUCAGUGGUGUCUAGGUCGACAUAUGGCUAAAUCGCAUAACGUCAAAGAUUUCCAGUGCACAAAAUGUCCCGAACGUUUUCAAUCCCAAUAUCAUAAACAGAAGCAUCUAAUAACAGUUCACGAUAUCGGUCAUAAGUGUACGUAUUGUGGCAAAAUGUUUACGAGGAAUUCUUUCAUGAAGGAUCACAUACGUAGGACCCAUUUGAAAGAGAAGGAUGUGCCGUGUACAGUGUGUGGUGAGAAAUUCUUCGAUAAUUACUGUUUGAAGUUGCAUAUGGUGAAACAUAAGGGUGAGAGGAACUUCACUUGUGAGGUUUGCGGUAAAGCGUUCCUUAGGCGAAGUUCAAAAAUGUACACAGUGGAGGACAGAUAUAAGAAAAAUGAAAUGGUCCGCAAGCUUUUAUUAAAAAGACGUAAUGUUGAGUAUGUUUUGCAGUAUAGCAACGUUACUCCGUUCAUGUGGUACAAAGGAAAGUAUCGGUGCUUCUAUUGCGCAGAGCCGAUGAAGGAUCCCGUUACAUUGAGAGAGCAUACCGCGAGGGUACACCAGUUCGCAAACCUAGAGCUCGUUGUAUUUGACAGAACGAAGAAUAAUAGGAACCGAGACGCUGCAGUUAAAAUUGACGUGACUGAUAUAUCGUGCAAGCUGUGCACGCAGACUGUGAACAGUUUGGAGGAGCUCAUCCAUCAUUUGAUUAUAGCUCACGAUGCGGAGUAUGACGUCAGCGUUCCCAACUGUCUCCUGCCAUUUAAACUCGAUAAAGAUCAGCUCACGUGCCCCAUUUGUGAUAUGAAGUUCGUUUUCUUCGAAUAUCUUCUCCGCCACGCGAACAAAUACCACUUAUCUCACGAUUACACUUGUGACGUUUGCGGAACCAGUUUUCAAGGAGAGAUCCAUUUGAAAAUGCACAACAGGUAUUACCACAGAGCUGGAGGGUAUACCUGUGAUCAUUGUGGAAUAAGCCUAUCGACGCUAUCUAAGAAAACUCUGCACGAAAAGAACGUCCAUAUGGUCAAUUUGUCGACUUGUCCUCACUGUCCGGAAACGUUCAAAAGUCCGUACAUCAAGAAAUUGCAUCUAGCGAAUGUACACGGUGUUGAGGAGUUGAAGAUCAAAUGUCCGUACUGUCCAAGGGUGUACCCGCAGGAGAGUAUAAUGUCGCGGCACAUGAGGAGGGUCCAUCUCCGAGAGAAGAACGUCGAGUGUCCGAUAUGUGGAGAUAAAUUCUUCGGUCCAUACGAUGUUAAGAUGCACAUGCUGAAACAUAAUGGGGACAAAAAAUUUGUUUGUUCGGUGUGCGGGAAAAAGUUUUCUAAGAAAAGUAAUUUAAAUUCACAUUACGUGAUACACACGGGUCAAAAGAAGUUUGUCUGUAGCGUAUGUAAUAAGGAGUUCGCGCAUCGUCCUAAUCUCAAAAUUCAUUUCCGAACGCGUCAUCCACAGUACGUUCUAGAAGAAUUGUGUGUAACGGAUGAAGUUGACGAGAGUGAUUUGGUUCAAAUGAAAUUCGAUAAUGAAAUCGGUGUUGAAGAGACUCUUUCGAUCUUUGAAAAUCAAUACCAAGUUAAGGUACAUAUGGGAAAAGUUCAUAACGUCGAAAAGUAUAGAAUAAAAUGUGAACAUUGCCCGAAGAUUUGUAACACAAAAGGAGAAUCUAGGGGUGGCCAGAAAGCCGUCAAACACGUUGACACAGAGCCCUGCACUAACAUGGACCUUACACCAGUUCCGACUAAACCCGUCCUAACCGCUAAGGACAAGAGAAGAAUAAUGAGGAACAAUGUCCUACAAGUUCUGCUUAAGUCAACAGUGAUGCCUUUCAGGUGGCUGAAGAGUUCAUACAGAUGUUUCUACUGCUACGAUAUAUUCCAAGAGUCUUCUGAAUUGAAGAGUCACCAGCACGUCCACGUCGAAGACGAAGUUAAGGAGCAGGCGAUGAACAACUAUUGGGAGUCUGUAGUUUACGUGGACAUUUCAAAUUUGGCAUGCAAUCUAUGUCCAGAAAACGUUACUGAUUUAUACGACCUAAUAGAUCACUUGGUAGCUAAACAUGGCGUGGUUUACAACAAAGAUGUAGGUAUAUGUAUGGUUGCGUUUAAGUUGGAUAACAUUGCUGUAAAUUGUUUAGCGUGUGGUGCUAGUUUUUACACAUUCGGUCCAUUACUGCACCAUACUAAUAAAGAUCAUAAAGGGACGUCGGCAAUUCUUUGUGAUGUGUGUGGACAGCAUUUCAAAGACGGUAAUUUGCUGCGCUUGCACGUCAAGACAGUUCAUGAGAAUACUGGAUUACUUUGUCCCGAAUGUGGCGAGAAAUUUGAGACUCGAUCAAAAUUGAAGACUCACCAGAAGAAUCAACACGAUUUGGACAAAAAAUACAAGUGCCUCGUCUGUUCUCAAACUUUUCAAAGCCACUACAAGCGUUCUAGACAUAUGGCCACCGAACACAAGAAUAGGCAGGAAAUAAAAUGCCUACAUUGCCCCAAGACGUUUGUGUUUCGAACUUCGGACAGCGAUGACAAUUUGCCGAUAAACUCAUUCAAACCAAAAUUAUCUUACGACGAAAAACUUGAUAUAAUGAGAAAUAAUGUUAUACAAGUUGUGGUAAAAUCAACGGUGAUGCCAUUUAGAUGGCUGAGGAGUUCGUACCGGUGCUUUUACUGUUACGAUGUCUUUAGAGAACCUAAAGAUCUAAAAUAUCACCAAAAUGUACACUCCGUUGUAGACGAAAUACCCAAAGCCAUGGAAAAUUAUUGGGAGCCAGAAGUAUAUGUGGACAUUUCCAAUUUAUCCUGCAGACUUUGUUCUGAAACAAUCACAGAAUUGUAUCAAUUGGUCGACCAUUUAAUACUUAAGCAUGAAAUAAAAUUUAAUAAAGAUAUAGGAAUGAGAAUGAACGCUUUCAAGCUUGACGAGUUCUCUGUAAAUUGUUUAAUAUGUGACCACAGAUUUAGUACAUUCGGACAUUUAUUGGUACACACGAAUAAAGAUCAUAAAGGGUUAUCUGAGGUUCUUUGCGACAUAUGCGGUCAACAUUUCCGUAGCGCCAAGUACUUGAGACAACAUGUCACGAACGAGCAUAUGAAGAAACCAGUAGUCUGUUCGCUUUGUGGUUUAACCGUUAUCAGUAAGAAUAAACUGAGGACACACAUGCAGAAUUUUCAUGACCACAGAUAUAAGUGUUACGCGUGUUCAGAUCAAUUCCCAACGCAUUACAAACGUUCCCAGCAUAUGAUGCUCGCUCAUAAAAGUAGGGAAGUCAUUAAAUGUUCACAUUGCCCUCGGUCUUUCGUUUAUCGAAGUUCUAUGAUGAGGCAUGUAAGAGAAACGCACUUGCAAGAAAGAACAGCGAUUUGUACCGUAUGUGGUUGGAGAUCCUUCGCUCAAUAUGACCUUCAGAAGCACAUGAUGAAACAUAGCAAUGAAAGGAACUUCAAAUGUCCAGCAUGUGAGAAAGCGUUUAAAACAAAGAAGACGAUGCGACAGCACUAUAACAACAUACAUCAGAAGUCUAGAAUACAAGACGGAGUUCUUAAUGAAAUUGUGUUGUCUAAAUAAAGAUCGAUUUAAA